GUCAACUACUGUGCCCGAUCGGCUGCUGGAGGAGUGAAGGCAUAUGUAGAGGGAUAACGACCACACGCCGGGGCCACUGUGGGCGAGAGGACAUAGCUGCUCCCGCCGCCGCUACGGAAACACACGCCGCUCAGUGACUGACGGAGCGGGACCGGGUCCGGGACCGGGACCGGGAGCGUUGCGUCGCCACUGUGAUGCGUAAAUGGCCACAACAAAAAAAAAAAACAGAAGACGCAGCACGUGAGACAACCUGUGUACCAAACGCGUCCUGGAAAUUAGCUUGACGCGCAUUUUCCCCCACACAACUGAAGUUUCCGUGACCGAAUUUUUUUUUUUUUUGGGGGGGGAUCUCGAUUUAGAGGCUGCAGACAUGGACGAGGACAACCAAGUGCCCGAGGACCUGUCUUUGGAGGAAAGAGAUGAGCUGUCAAACAUACGACGCAGGAAAAAAGAGCUUCUUGAUGAUAUUGAACGGCUGAAGUUUGAGAUUGCAGAGGUGAUGACUGAGAUUGAGCAGCUAACCUGUGUGGGGGAAAGCAAAACCACACAAAGAAACAAACAGAUCGCCAUGGGGAGGAAGAAGUUCAACAUGGACCCUAAAAAGGGGAUCCAGUUUCUUUUGGAGAAUGAUCUUCUCCAGCACACCCCAGAAGACAUUGCACAGUUCCUUUACAAGGGCGAGGGGCUCAACAAAACCGUCAUCGGGGACUACUUGGGGGAACGAGAUGACUUCAACAUCAAGGUCCUCCAGGCAUUUGUGGAGCUUCACGAGUUUGCAGACCUCAACCUUGUACAAGCCUUAAGGCAGUUUCUGUGGAGCUUCAGACUUCCCGGCGAAGCCCAGAAGAUUGAUCGUAUGAUGGAGGCAUUUGCCUCCAGGUACUGCCAAUGCAAUCCUGGCGUCUUCCAGUCCACAGACACCUGCUACGUCCUAUCGUUUGCCAUCAUUAUGCUAAACACCAGCCUGCACAAUCCCAACGUCAGAGACAAGCCCCCCGUGGAGCGCUUCAUCUCCAUGAACAGAGGGAUCAAUGAGGGCGGAGACCUCCCAGAGGAGCUGCUCAGGAAUCUAUACGACAGCAUCAAGAGUGAACCCUUUAAGAUCCCAGAGGAUGAUGGGAAUGACCUGACGCACACGUUCUUUAACCCAGACCGAGAGGGCUGGCUGCUCAAAUUAGGGGGCCGAGUGAAAACCUGGAAGAGGAGGUGGUUCAUUCUGACGGACAACUGCCUCUACUACUUUGAAUACACAACAGACAAGGAGCCUCGUGGGAUCAUCCCACUGGAGAAUCUCAGCAUCAGGGAGGUGGAGGAGCCCAGGAAACCUAACUGUUUUGAGCUCUACAAUCCCAAUCACAAGGGCCAGGUGAUCAAAGCCUGCAAGACUGAGGCGGAUGGGCGUGUUGUUGAGGGAAACCAUGUGGUGUACAGGAUAUCAGCACCCACGCCAGAAGAGAAGGAAGAGUGGAUUAAAUCCAUCAAGGCCAGCAUUAGCAGGGACCCCUUCUACGACAUGCUUGCCACCAGGAAGAGACGCGUCGCUAACAAGAAGUGAAGAGGGACACUCUUCUCAACCCUCCAACUCCCAGUCUUUCUCUCCCUCAGUUCACGAACACGUAAACCACACAAAACUGGUUCACCACAGAAGCGACUGUCAGCCGAAGAAAAGUCUUCGACCCCGAAGACAAACCGCAGUUGUUUCUCCUGUCCACAAGUCUGUGCACUUGUUGGGGAGACAUCACACACCACUGAGGGGGCAGCAGAGCUCCAGGAAACUUAGAUACACUUGCAUGGAGCGGCACAUAAAGAACCAGCCAAUCAGUUUGUUACUCCCCCAUCUCAUACGCACUACCCUACCUCCCUCUCAUGGUCACAACAUGUUUGUAGAUGUCCCUAAAGCACAACUGCCAAGCUUCAGGUGCAAAUGCAUGAUGCAGGUUGUUAUAGAUGAAUGUGUUUGUGUGUCGGUGUGUGUGCGUGUGCAUGAAUGUGUGGCUGCGUGCGAGUGCAGAAGUGUGCAUGCUAUCAAUGCACACAGCCUCUGCGGUAUGGCUGCAUAAGUGUCCCCUCCAUUGUGCUUGAUGAAGAAGUCAUACUAAAAUAACAACCGGAGAUCAGACGGGCGGUCAGCUCCAUCACGAGGGGGGGGGGGGGGGGGGGGGGGGGGGGGGGGGGAAGAGACAGAUGGACGGAGAGGGGAGGUGUUUGGGAGGUGAUGGGUGAAGCAUAACCUCACUUGAACCAUGUGUUCAUCUCACUCUGGUGCGGAAUUCUUCUCUCCAGGUGCCGUGGACAAAGCCCCGCUCAGAGUGACCUCAGAAAACAUUUAGGUUCCUAAUAAAGUCGUGAGUCAGCUGGGCUGAUUUCAUUUAUUUGUGUGGAGCAGAGAUUGCAUACUUUUUUAUUUUAUAUUUUAGUUGAGUAGUAGAGAUGCUUUUGCCAAGGCUUGAGAUGAAACUUACUUUUUUGGUCUUUGAAGUUGUAAUCUAUGAGAUUUCGGUCGCGGUGGAUUUGGCUACACCGGCGUUUGGUUUACUACCACAGCAAACACUCACUUGAACAUCGACCAAAGUUUAAAAAAAAAAAUUAGGUCUGAUUUCCUCAAAGAUCUACAGGGUUAUAACUUUAAAAAGAACUUUCACUUGUCAAUCUAAUGGGUAAGUUUCAUUUGACGCUGUGCAAUGGCCCUCGAGGGUACCAGUACGAUUAAGCUUUUUUCUUCUUUUCUUUUUCUUGUUGUCAAUGGCCGGUGUCAGUGAAGGUUGAUGUAUUGUUGUGAUCUUGUUUGCAUUUGGUUUAUAAUUAAAAAAAUACUUGCUUGCUUUUGUGUUGUAAAAAAAACAAAAACUGAAAAAAAAAGAAAUAACCACCUAUAAUUUUGUAUUUAUUUUCAUUUGUGGAUUGGUUUAGUACUACCUGUAAAUGUUAAACAAUGUAUGCUUAAGUUAUGUAUGUAUAUAUACUGUAUAGGUUUCUGGUCUCUUUGUUGUAGUAUGCACACUCUGUGUCACAAAUUUGCAUCAGCUGAAGUUUGGGGUCUAACUUUUCAAAAGCCUUAAACAUAACCAUAAAAAAAAUAAUAUAUCUAUAUAUAUCUAUAUAGAUAUAUAUAGAUAUAUAUAUACUGAUGAUAAUGAGAAUAUUGAUCAAUAACUGUGAUGAUGUUGAAAAGCCAUGACUGAUGAGUGAGAAUGAUGAGUGUAUUUAUGAUGGUAAUUACAAUGACAAUGAUGUUGAUGAUUCUAGUUAAGUGAAAUCAGUGAUGACGAUUAUAAUAUCUUUUUAUUAUGAUGUCAACCACUAUGAACACAGUAGUUUUCUAUGUGAUUGUAAAAUAAAAUCAAAGCCUUGAGGGCACAAAGUUAUCUUCUACUGCCCUGUGCGGGCUUAUAGUUACAUUAACUUUUAUAUUCUCUGUAAAAGCUAUUGGAUCACAUUGUAUAUUAAAUGUAUCUACAUAAAGUAUACAUAAAGCUUA